UAAAAAAUGACAGCUGCUAGCUACCAAUACACGACGAGAAACGAGUUUUUUUUUGUAAUUUAUUGUGAAAAGGCUAAUAAAGCUUAAUUAUCUUCGCCUAUGAUCUUUUAUAAUAGUUUACGUGAAUUAGUGUUAUAGAACAUACCACGCAUAGGGUAAAUCUAGGCAAUAGUGCAUUUGUUUCCGCCUUGAAUCUCAGAAGUAGUGCGUUAAGAUAAAUCAACAACGAAGACCUCAGCAGACAUGGCUCAGCUAAACGGAUUGAUGGACAAAUCCAAAGAACUCCAAAAGGAGAUUCUUAUGGAGAAACUGAGGUCCAAAUCGUCCCAGCUCAAGAAUUUAGCCGAAACUUCCAAGACUGUUCGCAUGGCUUUGAUGGACAAGCGCUGGGGCGUGGACAGCGUGGACCGCAUGAUCCUGCAGAAGUGCCUGGACAGCCUGCAGCACUGCAUCAAGGUCAGCUCGCUGCAGAGCCUCAUCGAGCGGCUGGAGUGCCUCUCGCGCCAACUCGGAUUAAAAUUUGUAGUGGGCACCUCAGGUGUAAAUCUUUUCAUUUCAUCUGACAUGUUCUAUUUGGAGAUACUGGUUGAGCCUUCAGGAUCUGUGAAGGAUGUUAAAAUACAUCAUGAAGGAAAGAUUGAGCCGCAGAGCUGCGAGGAGCUGGUCUCCUGUAUCUCCCGCGGAGACUUCGCGGACUUCACCGCCCAGCUCGAGGGGCUCACCGCCGUCUAUCAACUCAAUGCACAGAAGAAUGUGAAAUGCAAAGCGUUCAGUGCACUGCAGAGUCUGGAAGAAGAUAUGUGCACUCUGAAGCAGCUUCAGGGCUACCUGAAGGACCCGUGGGCGCAGGUGCACAAGGGACCCAUCGGGUUUCUGAGGAAGAGGCGGGGAGGGCACGCGAUGCGGCUAACCUACUUCGUGUCGCCCUACGAGCUUCUCGACAAAGACAAGGGUCUGCUACCACUGACAGCUGAGCUGCUGGAGACAGGCAAGCCGGCGCCGCCCGGGGGUCCGCCGUCGCUGGUCGCGCCGUCCCACACGCCUAUUGGUCACUCGGCGCUUGUGCUGUUGGAAGGAUCGUCGCCCAAUAAACUGCAGUUACAGCCGAUCAUCACUAAUGGACAGAGGUCUGGAAAGGGAUCCAACGGCCCAGUGUACGCUCCACUGGUAGCCCAGAACAGCGCCAUGUUGCCGGCUUGCUUCACGCUGCGCCUGUCCGAGCCGAUGCCGCUCUGUGCGGGCCUCGCCAAGCUCAUACAGGCCACCACUGAGGUGGAAGUGGCUGGUGACUGGGCCAAUGCCAAGCCGAUGCUGAGUCUCGUCGCUCAGGAAGCAUACAACAAGCUGACUCCGGGGAAGACUGUUGAACUCAACCUGAGUAAAGGACUGUUCGUGAACCUACCAGACCAGAGCCACUGCUACUUCCUGUGCCCGUCGCCCGCGCUCACGGGCUGCGUCACCCGCUCGCUGCCCUUCACCCGCCCCGCCCACGCCCCGGCGCUGCUGGCCCGGCUGCGGCAGCAGGCGCUGUUCAACACGCUGCUGGCGAGCGCCGUGCGCGCGCAGGGGCGACACGCACUAGACCUCGAAACAGUCCUAAUGUUCGAAGUCUCAGCCCUCUCCUGGCAACACAUGUCCGUCUCUCUUUCUCACCCACUCGACGAGAGCAUGGCCACAGUGGAGCUGGACCUGUCGGAGCCGGCGGCGCCGCGAGCCUCCGUCUACACUCUCAACUCGCCCCCGAGCGAACCCGUGGACGAGUACAUCACUAGUGUGCUGCAGAAGAGCCACUCUAUACCUAUUACUAUGAGGGCACUGAUAAAGAUCUGGGAGCGGGAAGCGUCCGCCAAGCAGAUGAAUGGAGGAUACUCCGCUUUGGACAGCUCAAAUUUUAGCUUAGGCCUGGGGGGCUUGGACCCCGGGGGCGACGCGAAGCCGCCGCACGGCCGAGGCCUCUUCCCCUCCAACGUCAACCACCCGCAUCAAGGUGGCGCGUACCUCUCAGAGUCUAAACACCACAUGUCGAUGAUGUGCCAAGACCCGGUCGACAUCAAACCGCAAACAGACGACAGAAAAACCAAGAAGCGAAAAUCGGACAAUGACCCCUGGUCCGCCUGUCAGAAGAAAGGCAAACAGGCGAUGUGCGAAAUGAUGGACAGUGACAGUGAAAGCGACAACUCGGAGGCUUUCGUCAAUGAGGACGACACGACUAUGAAUAGCUCCAACUCCAGUGUAGAAGAGGGGGGCAGGGCAUCGUCAGUUUCUCAGACGGAAUUCGCGUCGGAUCUAGAACUUUCUGGGAUGGACGCGACGGAUGCGCUGAGCUCGCAGGAUAAUACGUUGAGGGCCCCUUCCGAUAUGGAGAACUCGAAUGAUUGCGAUGUGGAGGAUAUGAUCAGGAAUUCUUUUCAGAAGUCUGAUCACAAACGGCAAAAGUUGAAAAACAAAGAUUCGGAGUCACGAAGUAGUAAAAGUACUUCGUCCCUGCUUCUGGACCUGACUGACGGGAAGCCAUACAUGCCUUCGUCUGUCAGCAUCACGCCUAUAGGCACCAGUGCCCCUAACACCCCUACUGGUUCCACCCCUAAUAUAUCCUCAAUGCUGUGUCUAGAUAGACGACCAGGUAUUGAAAUAAUUCCUAUAACAGCCGCUGCCCCCACCGCGUUACCCAGUUCUAUCACCAUAACACCCAUUACGUCAUCGCAAGCGAAGUCCUUAGACGAUCGCAUAAGGUCAGAGAAGAAAAUGAGUCGAUCAGGUGAGGAAAGGAGCAAAGAGAAGAAGAAGAAACGUCGCAGGGACGACCCCAUGGGACCACCUGAAAAGGUCCCGCCCAAACAGGAUCCGUUGACAAAGCCAGUGUCUGUUAGCAUUAAGCCAACAGAUGGUUCUCCGAUGCGGGCUACUUCCCCAAACUCGUUGCUAAGGAAGUUUAGUCCCAGUCCAACUCAUGGACGCUCAGUGUCUAUUACGAAGUCUCCUAGCCCGAGCUCUGUUAAGAGCAUUGGCAAGCCUUCAGGCACGUCGAGCCACCACAGCAGCCCGCGUCACUCGCCCGUCCAAAACUCGCCUAAACACCUCCCAGGAUACUCCAGCCCUAAGAAUCAUAGUGUGUCAUCGCCCAAGCAUAGCUCAUCUAGCUCCGGCAAGCCGUCAAUGUCCACACUCAAGUCCGCCACGGCAUCGCCUUCUGGCAAGUCCACACCAACUGGAUAUGAUCUGUCGAAGAAGUCGUCAAAAGACAGCUACAGCUCCAGCUCAUCUUCGUCAAGGGAUAAAGAGAAGAAGCACUCGGGUCUGUCUUUUUCCAGCUCGUCGGGCCGAAGCAGCCCGAAGUUAAAGAACCCGGCCAAGUUGAAGCAACUGGAGAUCACGCCCAUUCCGGCUGACCAGCCAAUCAGCGAGCCGCUAGUGUCCCCGCCCAAUGUGGAGGUCAACAAGUCCAGCGCCCCGAGCCAGGCCCGGAAUAGAAAAGGCUCGUUAAGCGCAGUUAUAGACAAACUGAAAUCAGCUCAACACGUGGUCCCAGACGCCGACGUAGCAUCAUCCAAAUCCGGAAGCUCCUCAUCUAGUGUCAACAAGUUUUCGGAUCCAAAAAACUCAUCCAGCGGCAGCGCCAAGAUCAGUGAGAACAAAAACCAGGAGUACAUGGUGAAGCCCAGCUCUGAUGGUAUGAAGAUCACAAUAAACAAGACCAGGACGAAAGAAUCUUCUAGUUCAAGUUCGAAGCUCUACAGUAGCUCUAGUUCGUCCAAACAGUCCUCACCGCAACUGACGCCGCCGAGUCAAGGAUCCCCCAAGACCCACACAGGGCUAAAACCAGGAGUCCUUAGUGGACCAGCGUCUAAGAAGACCCAGGUUAUGCAGUCCUCAAAAUCUAGCUCAAACCCAAGCGGCACUCCACCUAAAAACUUAAGCCCCUCAGACUCCAGUUCAAAUUCGAGUAGCCAACCCAAAGUGCCUUACUCUAAAUCGUCCAGCUCCAGCACAGGAAUGAAUUUAACCAAGUCUGGUUGUAAAUCCAGUUCAGGAUCGCCUAAGAGUAGUAGCUCGGAUAUAUCAAAGGUCGUCCGCGACAGGGAAAGAGAAAAGGCAAGGACAAAGCUUAUGAGUGGUAAUUCAGAGAAGUCUAUAUUCUCAUCCAAAUCUGAACGCCACUCCAGUCCCAGUGGAUCCCGAGAUGAGGUCGAUGGUGAUAGGUACAAAAGCUCCAAAGAAGCAUCAAAUUUCCUCGUAGAAGGCCUUAUCAAGCCUCUGGAUACCAGCAAGUUUCAAAUACCGAAGCUAAAGAAUCAAUCCACUCCAGACAAGAGCAGUCCUGUGGGCUAUGACAACCGGUCUCUAGUGAACGACUUCCCAAGGAAUCUAGACCAAACCAAGUUUCCGUUCCCCCAUUUUCACAGUCCCAACGCUAGGAACGAAGAUCCAGUACAAAAGUCAGCGUAUCCACUGAACGUGCCUAAACCCCAUCUAGGUUCCAUGAGCCCUAAACUGCCGACAAACAAAGACUUACCAAUAGAGUACACAAAAGCGGUAGCGGAAAGUAUAUCUAAAGGGGAGAGUCCGCAACGGAAAGAGGACUCAAAAGAGGGUUAUUCCGGAUCGUAUCCGCUGCUGCCUCUAGACUUCAAGACUGACAUGGCUAAAGGGUUUGCUGCCCCGAAGGGUUCGGAGGAGCGAAGCGGAGCGGAGUCGAGUAUGAAGCCGCCUGCUAGCGGGGCCGUGGCUAGAAGCGGGGCCACCACGCCCCACGAAGCUGCAGAGAUGUUGCUAGACUUCUCUUCCUCCAGCAGUAAAGUGUCAGGGCUAGUGGCAGUUCGGCCAGUCUACCCCCCCUCCCCCGCGCCGUUGGUGGCCCCUUCCCCGCACUCCAACUCCCCCUGUAUCACCGAUGACGAGCUCAUCGAUGAGGGCCUGGUUGGGCCCGGCAAAUGAGCCCCACCGACAGACAAACGUAGCGGUUCAGCUCGCCAUAGAUUUCUACGGAGUAGGUGAGAGUUUUAGAUUUGUGGCAGCACUGUCGUAAAUGGCUAAUUAGGUAAUUAGGGGAGAUAUAUGCAAAUUUAUAUAAAAAUGAUUAUGAAGACUUUAGAGUUGACAGUGGCGCCACCGAUAAGGAGCUUUACAUAAUAUUUAAUGAAUGAGACAUUGUAAAGGUUUUAAUCUGGUUUAAAACUAUGAGUUUAAGAGGUAUGGUACAAACGCACUACCAAAGUUGAGUGAGGGAGUGCAAGUCGGUAUUAAGUUAUACCAGUAUUCCUAACCUAAGCGUUGCUACACUUCCAAGCGUUCAAAUGUAACCCUUACUGCGUACGAAUUAAAGACGGGCCAAUGCUUAAAAAUUAAGUAUUACUUCUGGCAAGUCCACAACACAAAGUAUACUCUCUAGUGAUCUUACGCUUUGUAGCGUUUUUUCUCGUUUAGGUAUUUCAUGUGUAAUCUUGUUCAUUGUAACUGUUAUAUUAAGCGAUGAUUAGGCACGUAUAUGUAUAACUUAGGUAGGUACAUUUAAUAGUCUAGGGAGUGAAUUUAUAACCUAUCAGUUCAUUUAAAACCAAAAUAUUCGAGCGACGUAUAUUGUUCAAAGACCAGUAAAAUUAUAUUAAAAUCUUAUAUCUAUAAAUGGAAUAUGUAUAUAUUUAACGUAAAUAUUUUUGUAAUAUGUAUUAAAUAAUGGAACUAUAUCUGCAUAAUAAAAUAGUCAUGAAUAGGUAUUUGGAGGUUAUAACUGUAAUUUUCUCGUACAUGAUACAUUUUUCAUAAUAUUUUAUACAGUGUACGUGUGCUUUUGUUGUUGACUGUACCUCAAAAUCAUGGGCCAAGAACUUGAACUUUAUUUUGCCGACGCUAUCUUAUCAUUAUCCGUCUGGCCGUUUAAGCUUUUUAUCAGAAUUUCCUGUAUUCGAAGGACCUUGACUUAGGUAUAUAUGACUGUAAAAUUUAUAAUCAAAAUCGCGAAUUAUACCUUUUAGGUAAUACCUAAUCUAAUAAAUAUACUUACCUACAUUAACGAGAUUAACACCAUAAAUGUGAAUAGGUACCUGUUAUAUUUCUAUAGCUGAUAUAGAUUGCUGGUAUUUGUUUACUAUUUUAUUAAACCAAUCAGCUUAUUUAGAAGACAGGAAGGCGCUUGUAAUCUUUAAUUACCUAUUUAAGAUCUGUAAAAAAAUUAUCACAGUGGAUAGUAAAUAAAUAUGGCCAUUACAAAAAUAUCAUGCUGAUGCUCUACAAGUCUACAGGUUUUAAAAAAAAUUGUAUAAUAAGCCGAAAUGAGAUGACUCGGGGGUUAUUCUAAACAACAUUUUUAAUUCGCGAUAUAAAUAUUUGGUUUUCUAUAGACACUUUGUCAGCUUACGUGGUUAUUUCUUAUUUACUGUACGAAGUUUUUUUUUGGUACAUAACGGCGAUCUCAGUCAGUCCCUUUUGGCUUACUAUACAAAUUUUUCGAACCCUGUAUAUAAACGAAUUGUGAAACAAAUAUGUAAAUAGUAUACAUUGUAUAAGGUAACUAGGUGUUUUAAGUUCAAUCUGAGGUAUUACUGAUUAAUUUAUCUGCAGAACGAUAAAAAAAAUAGGUAUUCAUGGGUGCAGUUUUUUUUACUAUUUAAUUCUGCUCUAUACCUAACUAAAAUAUAGUUUUUAUUCCAGUCAACUCAUGCGUACCUAUCUAAAUAACGUAACGGUUUACUAUCACCUGUAUAAAUACUAUUUAUAAUUAGUUAAGACUAUAUUUUUAAAAUAAAUACCUAUAUAAGUAUGAAU